CCUACAAAUCCCGCAAAAGCCCAAAAGUCCACGCAAUUGAACUUUGAAAUGAUUUCUGUAAAGGCUACCUUGGUUGCCGCCGUCUGCGCGCUGGUGCUCUCCGCUCCUCUUGAAGACGAUGUUUUCCCCACACCGGCUGACGCGACCGAUUAUGGGGCCAAUGUAGCUGGUGUCGAACUCCUGCAUCUUACGGAUGAUGGUCCAAUGGUCACCGCGAAAAAUGUUACGGUGAAUGAAACUGUGCCUCUUGGACGGUCCAUUAUUCCUGGUGUUAACUGGUACGAGGUCGACGUUUGCUCGUAUUUCGAAAACGACUGCUGCGACGAAAGCGUCUGUAACUACAAGGUCAAGUAUGGAAACGGGGUGUGCAAUUCCGAAUGCAACAGUCGCGUCUGUGGUUACGACGGCGGGGAUUGUAAUCCCGAUAAUAAGGGGUUCCAAAUCACCAACAAUUGCCACUUGUCGGUCGAUAUCGCCUUUCUCCACCUAAAGAACGACGGUACUUGGGUCACAACGUGCUGGUACGAGGCUGAUCCAGGAAAGUCUGUUAGACCCCUUCAUCUCUACAGCGAUAACCUGGUCUGGUACUACUACGCCAGAGUAAGAGGUACAAAUAAGGAAUGGCAUGGUGACGUUGAUAGAGUUUGCGAUAUGCAAACACUUGGGUUCAGGAAGGUUACUAGUCUGCACACUGACGAGUUUUUGGAGCGAUCCCUGAGCUGCUAAUUACACGACAGAUCUCAAAGGAGAAAUUGAAUUGGGGCGUGUAUGGUGGUAAACUAUCGUAGCUCUCUGAUGAAUAGUAAUAAUAAAAUGAACUGUACAUUUAUCGCACUUUAUAAAAUGAC